AUGUGGCCCGAAAGCGGCCCCCGUGCCCGGCAGGCCACCCCGCGUUGCGCAGCUUGCAAACUGUGGCUCAUGGGAGUGAGAGUGGAGUGGGUGUGCAUGGACUCCUUCGACAGCGGGCUCCCUUUUGCAAAAGGCGAUGCCAAGCGCCUCUUCCUCGGCCCCGCCAUAAAUACAGAGGAACUCUGCGGUUGCGCUCCACCCGCCGGCAGGAUAAAACCAAGUAAACAGUCAGAAAGAAGACCAAAUAAACUUUCAGAAAGAAGACCGAGUAAACUUUCAGAAAGACAGAGUAAACAGUCAGAGAGAAGACCGAGUAAACUUUCAGAAAUAAGACUGAGUAAACUUUCAGAAAGAAGACCGAGUAAACAGUCAGAAAGAAGACCAAGUAAACUUUCAGAAAGACAGAGUAAACAGUCAAAGAAAAGAAGACUGAGUAAACAGUCAGAGAGAAGACUGAGUAAACAGUCAGAGAGAAGACCGGGUAAACUUUCAGAAAGAAGACCGAGUAAACAGUCAGAAAGACGACUGAGUAAACUUUCAGAAAGAAAACUGAGUAAACAGUCAGCAAGAAGAUCAAAUAAACUUUCAGAAAGAUGACUGGGUAAACUUUCAGUAAGAAGACUGAGUAAAAAGUCAGAAAGAAGACCAAGUAAACUUUCAGAAAGAAAACUGAGUAAACUUUCAGAAAGAGGACCGAGUAAACAGUCAGAAAGAAGACUGACCUCCUUAGCGUCACCCUCCUUCCCGUUAGAGGGGGCCUCCGCUGGCUAG